AUGGCAGCCUCUACUCCACAAGAACUGGCUCCGUUUGUGGAUGUGGAUGAGGAUCUUGACACGCAGCCACAUUCGCGGGAGUUUGCCUCGCGCAAGAAGGUGAGCCUUGCAUGUCUCGCCUGCAGGAGACGCCGGACCAAGUGCGAUGGCGGUGUUCCCUGCGCCUCAUGUCUUUCUCGCAACACCGAAUGCGUCAAGGACGUGAACGAUGAUGGUCGGCGCAAGCUGGUUGUGAAGCGCAGGUUGGAAAUACUGGAAAAAGACCGCGGUCUCCUGGAUGAUCUGCUCAGGGCGCUUCGAGUGGCAGGGCCCAACCAGUUGAACGCCCUCAUUAGUAUGAUACGGGCCGACGCUGGCGCGCAAGAGAUCAAAGCGUUUUUAAAGGAUGGAUUCAGCAACGUUGGCGCCGAUGAUGACCACCAGAACCAUCGCCAACAAUCAUACAGGAGACAUCGCCACAUGCUGGGACGGAUACAAGAUUUUGUCAACCCUCCCCUACAAGUCCCAGCAAGACCGUGGACGACCGUGACUGACGACGAUGAUCUCGUCUCGCACCUCAUGUCUCUCUGGUUCACUUGGGCACAUCCUUGGUGGCAUUGGGUAGACGAAAAAGAAUUCAUCAAGGCGAUGCAAGCAGGGGACAUUUCAAGUCUGAUAUGCACGCCUUACCUGGUGAACAUGAUUCUGGCAGACGCCUGUUUGCUUGAUACCCUGGCGAAUGAUGGCUCGGAGCCGAACUUGGAGCUACGACAGCAAUUCUACAACGAAGGGAAAAGGGGACUCGAUGAUGAAGAAGGCCAUGUCUCACUGGCGUAUGUAGCCACUCUGGGUGUGCAAUGGACUUACCUCAACACAAAUGGUCAAGACCAACUGGGCAAUAUGAUAUUGUAUCAGCAAGCUAUGCUGGACAAAAGCCUCGCCAAGUGGCGCGCAAAAAUCGAAAAGAACCCCAACGUGACACCGGAUCGUCUCCAUGCCGUCGAUCAGUCGCUCGGCCGCCUCGAGUGGACGUUAUACUGCCUCAACUUAUUCGUUGGGCUCGCGCUGGAGCAGGUUCGAAUAUUUGAAAGGCCGUCUCGAGAGAUACCCGUGGAUGACCAAGACCGUCGAAAUCCCUGUAACGAGCACGGUGAAUGGAGGCCAUACCCCGUUCCGCAUACACCCAUCGAAUGGCACCCCAACUGCCACUACCUGGCAUACGUGUCACUCGCGGCCGUGAUCACGGCCGAUGAAGCGCUGUACGAAGAGCAGCGACAAUCGGACCCUCAGAAAAUGAUGUACAAGUUCGAACGGCUCUUUAGAAAGGUGAAGUCUUGGCCAGAGACUAUUCCAGCGUGCAUGAAAAUGCACGAGCGCGCAAUGCCACAUAUCAUUGCGUUACAUGCACUCCACAGCUGGGUUAUCAUUACCAUGUCCAAACAGACCGCCUCCCUCGAGGGACACACGGAAAAGCCUUCCCUGUUGUCAACGCCCGAGUCACCUGAGAAAGAACGGUGGAAAGACAUCUGCAUUGCCGAAUCGAUCCGCAUCAGUGGACUACUGGAGAUGAUGCGCCAAAAAUGGGGUGCCGACCACUUUCCCGUCAUCAUCAUUCAACCCGCCACCAUAGCGGCCUUCGCUCUGCUCGAAGACCUGGAGUCGCGGCCUGACUCCCAGCAGGCCUUUUACAACCUCUGCAUGAUCCUUCGCGCGGCAAGCCGCAGGUUCCGGGUUUGUAAGGGAGUUCUUCGUCUCUUGGAAAAAACAUCGAAAGAAAGCAACCUCACUCUCCCCGAUGGAUGCGGCGACUUGCUUGCCGAAACCACCAACGCCAUGCAGCUGGACGACGUGCCGACGAGGGUCGACGAUCUCGGGUUGGAUUAUCUGCUCGAGAAGUGGGACGACCUGGAUCUCGACGAGGCGUUUUGA